GGCCCUGCUUCCGCCAUCGCCGCGAUGGAUCCGGGCAGCUGGAGCAGCUUCAUCUUCCAGGCUGCCUCCGCCGCCGCCGCCCCUCCCCCGCCGGACCCCCUGCCGGUGGAGCUGCUCCCAGUCCUCUCCAGCCCUCCCAGUGGCCCUCCCAGUGCUCCCAGUAAGCCUCCCAGCGGCCCCAGCAGCCCCAGCACCGUGGACCCCAGCGCCCUCAAGCCUCCUGCUCCGCCGCCUCCUCCUCCUCCUCCUCCGGCCUCUUCCUCCUCCUCCUCUUCUUCCUCCUCCUCCUCCUCGGGGGUGCCCCCAGCGGCCCCCCAGGCCCUCCCAGUGCUCCCAGUCCACCCAGUGAGGAAGGCCAAGGGCAAGGGGCCCUACGUCUGCCCCCUGUGCUCCAAGGAGUUCAAGAACGGCUACAACCUGCGGCGCCACCAAGCGGUGCACGGGGGAGGCCUCCUCCACCCCCACCACCACCAUCACCACCACCACCACCAGCAGCACCUGGGGACCACCAGCGGCCCCAGCGGCCCCAGCCUCAAGGUCCCAGAGGGCUCCAAGGCGGCCACCAAGGAGGAGACCAUCAAGGAGGCCUCCAAGGAGGGCUUCAAGGCGGCCACCAGGGAGGCCUCCAAGGUGGAGAGCAUCAGGGGGGGAUCCCAGGAGGGCUCCAAGGUGGCCACCAAGGAGGGGUCCAAGGCGGCCUGCAAGGCGGCCACGGAGGACAUCAGGGAGGCCUCCAAGGCGGCCUCCCGGGGGACCACCAAGGAGGAGGGCUCCAGGCGGGGGGAGGCCGGGGAGCACCCGGGGGGGCUGCCGGGGGGCGGCGCCGAGGAGGGCGGCGCCGAGGGCGGCCAGGGGGCGGCCAAGAGGGCGCGGAAGAGCCACGGCUGCGAGGUGUGCGGCAAGGCCUUCCGCGACGUCUACCACCUGAAGCGGCACCAGCUGUCCCACUCGGACGAGAAGCCGCACCAGUGCCCCGUGUGCCAGCAGCGCUUCAAGCGCAAGGACAGGAUGGCCUACCACGUGCGCUCCCACCAGGGCGCCGUCGCCAAGCCCUACCUCUGCCCGCACUGCCACAAGAGCUUCUCCAGGCCUGACCACCUCAACAGCCAUGUCCGGCAGGUCCACUCCACCGAGAGGCCUUUCAAGUGUGAGACCUGCGAGGCCGCCUUCGCCACCAAGGACCGGCUGCGGGCCCACGCGGUGCGGCACGAGGAGAAGGUUCCCUGCCACGUCUGCGGCAAGCUGCUCAGCGCCGCCUACAUCGGCGACCACAUGAAGGUGCACGGCCAGGGCCCAGCCCAUGCCUGCCAGCUCUGCAACAAAGGCACAGGUGAGCCCUGCCCCAUAGCUUCUGCCCCUGGCCCCACAUCUGUCGCCGUCCUCCCCAUGGAGGGGACCCCUGGGGCCAGCCAGCCCUGGUGAGGAGCUGUGGGGCAGCCCCACGGUGCCAUGGGGCAGGGCGGAGGCCUCGGGCUCCCUGCCCACAGUCGAGAGAGAUGAAGGCUGCCCCUGCCCCACAGAUAUGGGGCAGGCCCCAUGGCAACAACGAAAGCUCCGGGCCCCUGCCCCAUGGCCACCUGGAAGCAUCUCCCCUGCCCCAUGGAUGUGGGGCAGCUUCACAUGGACCUCUCCCUGCCCCAUAGAUGUGGGGCAGCCCCACACUGAUCCUUCCCUGCCCCAUAGAUGUGGGGCAGCGUCACACUGACCCCUCCCUGCCCCAUAGAUAUGGGGCAGCCCCACACUGACCCUUCCCUGCCCCAUAGAUGUGGGGCAGCCUCACACUGACCCCUCCCUGCCCCAUAGAUAUGGGGCAGCCCCACACUAAUCCUUCCCGACCCCAUAGAUGUGGGGCAGCC